AUGGGGGCUCCUGCCCCACAGAACGGGCUGCUGCGGGUGUCGCGGCGGCUGCUGGGGGCCCGGCUGUGGGGCGCGGCGCUGCGGGGCUCCUUCUACGGGCACUUCGUGGGGGGCGAGACCCCCGCGCAGCUGCAGGGCACGGCCGACAGGCUCCGCGUCCUGGGGCUGCGGCCCCUGCUGGCGCUGCCCGCCGAGGACGGGGGGCAGCACGGCGGGGAGCCGUGGUUCGAGGCCAACGGCCGCGCGGCGCUGGCGUGCGUGGGGCUGGCGGCCGGCACGGGGCCGCGGGCGAUGAUGCAGCUCAAGGUGACGGCCCUGCUGAGCGCCCGGCUCUGCGAGACGCUGUCGCAGCGGGCGGAGGAGCCGGGCUCGGAGCUGAGCGUGGAGCGCGUGAUGGCGGCGCUGGGGGGCGAGGCGCCGGCCUUCUCGUGCCUGAGCCCGGCCGACAACGCGCAGCUGGGGGCCGCGCUGCAGCGCCUGGAGAGGGUGGCGGCGCACGCGGCGUCCCGCGGGGUGCGGCUGCUGCUGGACGCGGAGCAGAGCGAGCUGCGGGCGGCGCUGACGCUGCUGGGGCUGGCGCUGAUGGGGCGCCACAACCGCGCCGCGCCGUGGGUCUGGCACACGCAGCAGGCCUACCUGCGGGACGCGGUGGGGGACCUGGGGGCGGUGCUGAGCCAGGCCCAGCGCCUCGGGGCCUGCGUGGGGCUGAAGCUGGUGCGCGGCGCCUACCUGCAGCACGAGCGGGGCCGCGGCGCCGCGCUGCCCAGCCGCCGGCACACCGACCGCAGCUACGGGCAGUGCCUGGAGCUGGCGCUGGCGCGGGCGGCGCGGGACGGGGGGCGCCUGGAGCUGAUGGUGGCCACGCACAACGAGGGCUCGGUGCAGCUCGCCGCGCGCAG